GGUUAUUCGGCCUAUAGGAACGCAGCGUUCAGAUGAUGUCAUACAGCACAUUCUUAAAGGGGAAGGCAGCAAUAUCGUAUAUUGAGGUCACCUGCACACCUGCAGGCGCUUGCUACGAGUAUAUAGGAUUUAAAUUUUAAUGACGGUAUCAUGUGACACCUGACUAGUUGACCUCAUAAGGUAAAGCUUUCUCGUUUUUAGCACAAACCAAUAUGUUUAGUCCAUCCAAAUAUUGUAUUUAUUUACAAAGGGUUUGUGUAACGGUACAGUAUAUUAAUAAUCUGUAUUUAAUUGCAUUUUUUCACAGAUCCCUAUUAGCACUAAUCUUCUACUACAGUAGUACCUAAUGCGAUUGUAGGAAAAUGUGUUAGUUACAAAACGUAAAAAGCAUUAAAUAAGCAACCACAAAAUUAAUUUCAAAUGUUCACGUGUGGGUUCAUUGAAACGCGCAUGUGCAAAAAGAGAAGGUGGUAAAUAUACUGCAGAAAACGAGGCACGCGCGCGUGAAAGCUGAAUUCAGGCUGUGUUGUAUAGAGUUUUGCUUUCUUCCCAUGAAAGAUGGCAGAGAGUAGAUUUGGCCCUAUCAUUUCCCAGUCUGCGGGGCGUCCAAACAUGCCGCUGAGGAAGCCGGCGCCCAACCCUAACUUAAAACCAAGUAGGUCUGAGAUGGGAAGCGAGACUGCAUUGUUUGCAAAAAAGAACUUCGGCUUUUGCCAGGUAUCUGAAGAGUUUUUGGCAAAAACUGGCAGUCCAUCAAGAGAUGUCUCUGGAGAUGCAAAGAACGUGAAUAGAUUGGAAACUAAUAAAAGUGGACGUGGCUCAUCAUCAUCCACUGAAGAUGCUGGGCUGAGUUGUGAAUUCAAGCUGAAUGCCAAUAAAGAGCAGCUUUCUAGUGCCUCAGAAAGUUUGUUGUCCGCUCACAGCAUGAUGCAGCUUCAGUCUUUGUCCUCUCUGAAGACUGUUAGUUUUUGUCAUUUUUGUGGUCUGAAAGGGCCUUUAAGGUGCACACAGUGUAAAAAGACAAACUACUGCUCAGUGAGCUGCCAGAAGGAGGACUGGCCAGCACACAGACAUGUGUGCAAGCAAAGAUGUCAGAGUGAGACUCCCCAGGGGCUUCCAGUGGCACUGGCUGGAAGUAGAUUAAAGAGUGCUACACAUAAGACGGCCACUGUAGAGGCAACUUCAGAAGGAAAAAGGAUGAGUCUUUCAGAUUUGCAGAAGAUGGAGUUUGAAAAUGGGACUGAAUUGCAGGCAAGCAUAAUUGAAUUUAAGACGCCAGGGAAGUUUUUCAUUCAUAUCAGGACUGUAGAGACCAUGGAGUCCCUGAGAAAAGUCACCUUGGCGCUUCAGAAGACCUACGCCAAAACGAACAGCAGUGAUGAGUAUUUACCUGCAAAGGGGGAAGUGUGUGCUGCUAAAUAUUCACAAGAUCAGAAUUGGUAUAGAGGUCUGGUGCAGACGGUUGAUUCCAGUCUGAAAAAGGUUAACAUCUUGUAUAUUGACUUUGGGAAUGAAGAGGAUGUUACAUUGGACAGGCUUCAGCCCCUUUCCAAAGACAUUGACCCUCUCUGGCCAUCUGCUGUGCAGUGCAGGGUUGCUCAGCUGGUUCCUGUCAAAGGCACGUGGAGUGAAGAGUGCUGUAAUUCAGCAAGACAGAUGCUUCUGGGCCAAGCCUGCCAAAUAAGCAUUGUGGAGACGUUGCAUGGGGAGGCAUCUUUCGCUGUUCAUGUCACUCUGCCUAAAAUAGGAAAACAGUUAGACAGUUAUCUGAUAGAACAAGGAUAUGCAGCGAAGGAGAAAGAUGCAAAGAACAGCCAGGCUGAGUGUGAUAUCAAUACCAUUUUGAACACGGCAUUAGAAAACUAUAAAAGCAACGUCAGUGAAAGGAAUGAGGAGAACAACCAAACUCUGGUUCCUGAGCCAAUUACCCUUUGCAUUGACGAAGCUUUUGUUUCUGUUGUUACACACGUGACUUCGCCUGAUGAUUUCAUCCUUCAGCAGCUACAAAAUGCAAGUGUAGUCCAGGAACUGCAGGCAGGCCUAAGAGAACAUUGUCUGCAAACAGCUGCUUCUGUGGAUUUCAGGCCUGCCCGAGGAACCAUUUGCUGUUCACAGUUUACAGAGGACAACCAGUGGUACAGGGCCACUGUUUUAAGCUACACCUCGAAGGACAAGGUUUGCGUGGGAUACAUUGAUUUUGGAAAUUGUGAAGAGCUGAAUGUGGAUCGGAUUCGUCCAGUCACUGAAAAGUUUUUGCAGUUACCUAUGCAGGCAAUCCCUUGUGCUCUGGCAGGUGUAAAGCCGAUGCUGGGCGUUUGGACACCCGAAGCUAUUCUGAUAAUGAAGAAACUUGUGAGCAGUAAAUUUCUUAAAGCCAAAGUGGUGGGCCGGAAAGAAAGAAAAGCACUGGUUGAGCUGUGUGAUGAGCACAGUGAUCCACAAGCUAGUAUUACUGAACUGCUCAUAGCAACAGGAUAUGCUGCUGCUGCCGACGAGGAGGAGGAGAGGAAAAAGCACAAAGCUGAUUCAGCUGUGAAAACUGAAGACACUGCUCCCACUGUGGCAUUACCAGAGAAACUGGAGUGGACUAGUGCUGGAUUGCCUGAUAACCAAGCUGUGGAUGUAGCAGUCGGUGUAUUGCACAGCCCAGGGGAGUUCUACUGCCAGCGUUACAUUGCUAGAGAUCUGCAGGCGCUGAAUGAGUUGAGUGUGGAGUUAUCACGAUACUGCUGUGCUGAGAGCAAUCUAUUCACACCUGCUGUCGGAGAACCUUGCUGUGCUGUUUUCCCAGGUGAUGGUAACUGGUACCGUGCAAUGGUAAAGGAAGUUGCCUCUAAUGGGAAGGCAAAGGUUUACUUUGUGGAUUAUGGAAACACGUGUGAGUUAGCAGCUGACCAACUUCGUCCCAUUGUUGCAAAAUAUUUGAAGCAUCCGUUUCAAGCAAUCAAGUGCUGGCUGGCAGGUAUUAAACCUUUAGAAAAAGACUGGACCAAGGAUGCGAUUGCGAGGUUCCAGGCCCUGACAAGGGGGACUCGGCCUAAAGUUCAAGUUGUGUCCAAGAACAAGAGCGGAUUUGGCGUUGACAUGAGGUGGAAGGAGCAGAGCAUUGCCAGCAUACUGGUUGCUGAAGAGCUUGCUGUUGCGGAGAAUGCCAACAUUGCUGAAACUCCAGCGGCUGCACCACCAGCUACUCCUCACACAGGUGGUUCGUUUCCUCAUCGGUGGAAGACCGCUGAACUGCCUCUUAACGAAACCUUUCAACUGCACAUUGCAGAAGUGGUGAACCCCAGCUUGUUCUUCGCAAUGAACACUGACAGUCAAGUGGAUAUGCAGAACUUACAACCCCUUAUGGUUGAACUGGCUGAAGAUUGCAGCAGCCAGAGCCACCAUGCAGAACUGAAACCAAAUGCAGGAGUGGCCUGCUGUGCCAGGUUUUCAGGUGAUAAGAACUGGUACAGAGCUAUUGUUCUGGAGACAUUUGGCACUGCUGCAAAGGUUAUUUAUGCAGAUUAUGGAAAUUCAGAAAGUGUUGAAUAUUCCAGCAUUCUCCCCAUUCAAGAAAAGCACUUGGAGUUCCCUUUUCAAGUUGUGAAGUGUGCACUUGCAGCACAGAGAGAGAGCCCGGGAGAGUGGCCACAGUCGUCAGUAGAGCAGUUUAAAACACUGGUGCAAGGCAGGAAGGUAUUUGCAUCAGUGAAGGAGUUUGAUGGGGAAUUGCACACAGUUAACCUGAAGAGCUGUGCAGAGGAUGGGUCUGUUAAUGUGGCUCAAAUGAUUAUGGAGGAUUUAUCGAAAUCCAAUAGUAAAAGUACUACUCCAGAGAGUGUAGCUCAGACGAUUGUGGAGGAUUUAACAAACUGCAGUGCCACUCCAACGACCACCGGGCCUCAGCCAAUCUGUCAGACAAAGUGUUGCUGUGCACACCUGAGCCAAAAAGUUGAUAAACUUGAAAAGCUUCUUCUAAUGGUGGCAAGCAAACUCAUGGAUCCCCAAAAGAAUUGCUAAGUGUGCAAAGUGUAUUUGCAAACACAAUGGGACUCAGUGAUCACUGCUUCCUAUGUCCUUGGCCCCGGUAGCAUGUCCUUGUAAAAGGUUUGAAUGAAACGAUUGUUGGUGAAAAUUAUAUGGCAGAAUUGUGCCAUUGCAUUUUAUUUUAAGGAAAAAGUGUUAAAGCUGGUAAAAACAAGAACUGUAAGCAGUUGGAAGAAACCCUUAAUGUUCCAGUACCAGCACUCUGUGUUUAAGUUUUUUUUUUAUUUAGUGUUUAUUGGUUGUGAACAGUGAGAGAAUGAUAACACGUAGUUCAGGCAGUUUCUAAGCCUCUCUGCAGGUUUGCCCUAUGCCAAUCGGGGCUGCCAUCCACAGCGGGGGGCAGGGGCGGGGGCUGGGCGCUUGCAUAGCACACAAUGUUUAGUUGCGGUUGUACUCUGCGAAUGCAUUUAUUUCGUGAGAUGUUUGUUCAAAAUAAAAGUGCAUUCUCAAAAUAAUAUUUUCAUUUACUCCUGAAAACCGUUGCUACACUCCCUAUCCACCCAAGGUUGGACAGUGAUCGGUUCAGUGACUAUAAUGCUUUUGCUUCCAUUCUUAAACUAGUCAGCACCUUGUGUUUACUACACCUGAUACGUGUGUAAAAAUAAAUAGGAAAAAUAAACAAAAAUAAAUUGAGCAUGAACAGAAGAAUAGUGUAUGCACACAAUUAAAAAUUCUGUAGAAUCUUACAGAAAGCAACAUAAAAAAAUGGGUAAAUGGUAAUAAGUAGUGUUGACUUUCAGAAUUGAAAUUGCUAAAUCUAAAUACAUCUCUAAUCUCAGGUGGAAAACAAUGUAUGCAAUUAUCUUCCUUUAUCCACGACCUUGCAGAAUUACAUGUACAGGACAAAAUGAUGUAAAUUGUAGGAAGAUAAACAAAUGUUAUUGUUUUUGUUUUGUUUUGGGGUUUUUUUGGUGUUGCAGUGUUUAAUAAAAUGUUCUUUCACUAGUAA